GCUGCCAAUAACGCCGCUCGCCACGCCGUCCAUGGCGCCACGGCGCACACGCGCGCCUCGGGACGCUUCUCCGGAACGAGGGCAUUUCGGCUCACCGGCUCGUUGGGAAUUCCUGGGUUGGUUGUCGGCGAGGGGAAUGGACCGAGAGAGGAAGAAGACCGACGGUUCACAUAUUCAUAUCCCGGCGAUUCCGGGUUUGAUCAUUAUUUCACGGAUAUUUUCUCCUCGUUCCAGUCUCCAGACGCCUUACGUAAACUAUAGAUCAUACCCAGGAGAUCGUACCCGCCCGCAGGCGGCUACUAAUAAAGCCUUCCAGGUGUUCACAUAUCCCGUCUCGUACCGGGGCGGUAUAGUACGGCAAAAUCACGCGUCGACAGCUGUGGGCCCUUCCAGGGAGGGGCAAUAGUACUACUACCAUAGUAGUGCCUGUUUGUACUAGCACUAGUAGCGCUUCGCCGCGUCACGCCACGAAUCCUCCUAAUCGCCACGCCACGCCACGCCACGCCACGCCACGCCACGCUACGCCACGCCACGCGAAGCACGCCACGCCACGCCACGCCACGCUUCGCGCGCCAUCAUGAUCGUGCCGCGGCCUCGGCGCGUGGGUCUCCCUCCAGGGAAGCCCGCCGGCGGGACCUCCGUGCUGCUCUUCCUGCUCCUGCUCACGCUCGUCUCGCCGCCCUUCGUUGCGCGCGUCGACGCCAAGAAGAUCCUGCCCUCUCCCCCACCCGAGCCCAAGCUGCUGUGUGGUUUAAACGUGGUGGUGUGUGGCAGCAACGGGCUGAUGUACCCGUGCAGGGAGAUGGCUCCUGCAGGGAUGGCCACCACCACCAACCUCGCUGGCUGCCGCCGCCAGGGAACCCUCCACUCGUAACGCCUACUGAAGUUCAAUGCCCCGUUAAAAGCUCCAAGGUGUGUGCUAGUAACGGGAGGAUCUACCCCUGUGCUGACGUGGCACCCAAGGGCCUGCUGACCACGACUGACCUCACUGCUUGCCAGACACCUGCCACGUGUCCCUGGUCCACGUCAGCAUACAGCAAAGCCAGCCUGGCACUAUUGGCCAAUGAAUGCAGCACCCUCGCUCGCUCUCCUACCUCCUCCUCCUCCUUGAUUGGCUGCUGCGCUGCCACGUCAGCGCUCCUCCAAUCCACCGCAAUCGCCACCGCUAAGGCCAAAUUACCCAGGGUAAAUACCCCUGCGGUGUUUGAUGCCCGCGCCGGGCAGUGCCUGAAGCAGUUUGUACCCUUUAUUCAAGGAGGAAAGGCAGCAGCAGCAGCGACAACUGCACCAGUGGCAGCAGCAGCGGUGUUGUUCAAAUAUAAUCCGGUGAUGAAGUGCGCGCCUUUGGGGUUUGGGGCGGCACAGUUUGGACUGGAGGGGGGCAAGGGUGCGUGCCGUGGGAUCACUACUGACGCCCAGCUCACAUCCGCGUUAAAAGCCUCUCCAGUAUGGUGGGUGAGCAGCUACAUGCGAACCUACUGUAGCAGCACAAUGGGCAACACGGGGCGGUGCUUGGACUGUGCUAAGCAGGUUUCGACACUCUUUGAUGCUCUUAUUCGCCCUGGGGACACGGUCCCUCAGAAGCAGCGGUGCUGGGGUUUAAUCUCCUACUAUGUGGCGUCUUUAAUCGGCAACUCCACAGCGCAUAGCAUGGGCAUCGCUUUCUGCCUGCAUAAGAACGCUCCUUAUUCCCUCCUACCUCCCGGCACUACUAUUAAGACUGUGGCUAAUAAGGCCACUAAUAAGCCAGCUACUAUAAAGACAGCAACUAUAAAGACAACAACCAUUAAGACUAGUAAUGGGCCUACUAUUCAGCCGAAUGUUAAGCCCAGUAUUGAGCCUGCGAAUAACCCUUCUCUUAAGGCUACUUUUGAAGCUGCUAAUUCCCAGCCAAUGGGAGACACUAUUCCACGUCAGCAGGUCCCAGAUGCCUCUCUCACCUUCACCUUCCACGCAGCAGCUGACACAUCAGCACAGUCCAACUCAGCACAUGCCAGCUCAGUGCGGUCCACGUCAGCGACAGCAGUAAUCCUCGCCAGCGUGGCGCUGAUGGUCCUGCUGGCAGCAGUCGUGGCAGCAGCCAUCCUAGCUGUCAGGGGGGGGCACCACCACAUGCACAGGCAGCGACUCGCCUCCUCUUCCUCAGGGUGCGCCUCACAACGAAUCUCCUCCGUUUGUUCUGAGAAACUCUUCUCUGCUUCUGAGAAACCGACAGGGUACGUAAGUGGCUCGGCCUCCGGGGCUUUAAGUGCCGGAGUUCCUCUUAAAGCGUCUGUUUCAGGGUCUUCAAUUGGAUCGUCAGGGGUGAGUGACGGAGGAGGGUCAAGAGAGGGGUCUGUCUCUUCCACGGUUGGCUUGAUGGGGCAUUUGACCGGACAUGCACUAGGUGCUGCCUCUGAUGCUGCAGUAGCAUCAAAAGUGCCGGUUGCCCCACCUCCAGUAGUGGCAGCUGCAGCAGCAGCACCCGCGAGAGGAGUAACAGCAUUUGUAGCAGCUGCAUUCACAAGAGGGGCCGCCGCAGCACCAUCAGCAGCAGCAGUUUCACCGAGAGGUGCAGCAGGAGCAGCAGCAGCAGCAGCAGCAUCACCGAGAGGAGCCGCAGCAUCAACACUGGGGAAACCAGUGACAGCGUCACGUUUCGUUAUGGAUGCAACUGCAGCAGCACCAGCACAGCCACCAGCAGCAGAAGCAGCAGCAGCAAAGGCAUCAGGAGCAACAGCAACAGGAGGAGCAGCAGCAGCACCCCUACCACGCAAACCCUCCCUCCCAUUCCUGGCAAGUGCACUCGCUACAGGCACGUUCGCUAGCAGCAUUCACUCCCCCGUGCGCCGCAGGGCUGGUGUUUUCGCUCCUCCUCCUCCUGCCACCUCUAGUGCUCCUGCAGCGGCAGCAAAGGGAGGAGGGGAGAAGUAGCAGUACCUGAAUCACACUCGUUACAGGCACGUUCGCUAGCAGCAUUCACUCCCCCGUGCGCCGAAGGGCGGGUGUUUUCGCUGCUCCUCCGCCCCCUGCCACCUCGACUGUUCCUGCCGCGGCAAAGGGAGGAGGGGAGAAGUAGCCUUCCCAGGGUUGAAAUGGAGGAGGGAACAGUAGCAGUAGUUGAAGAAGCAGAGGAUUGGCCCUGGAGGCGAAUGAAGCAGCAGCAGAUGAAGUUUUCUUUUAGGCAACUUAAUAAUCAACAGUAGUAGUAGUUGAAGACGCAAAGAACUGGCUAAGAAUGCUGCAGGACGGUGGAGCAGUGGCACAGGAGGAUAACGGAAGGGACGGUGAAGGGGAUGAGGGUGGGUGCAGUAACGGAAUGGGUUUUUGCUUUAGCAGGGCACGAGCUUGUUCCUUAGGGUGCAUGUGUCAAGCUAUUUUUUGUUAGCAGUUUUUCGUUUUUAAGUAGUGAGGUGUAUAAAGUGUAGUUGUGAUGGAUAGUGCUGAGGUUAUAGUAGGAAGUGCGAGGCUUCCAUAGGUUUUCUUCAUGUGAAUGGUUUUAUGAGCCUUGGCACCGCUUGUGCUAGAUUUGUUGGAUUUGUAAAUGCUUUUGUAAAUAUUAUGCAAUAU